AUGAGCUCCGACCAACUUCAACCAUCCAUCGAAGCCGCCUCCACAGGCAAACUCGAUACAUUGAAAGAAUUGCUUGCUAAUGAAAACAAAUUCGCCGAGGAGAACUUAUCUGAGCAGCCGUCUACGCACCAUCCAGACCUCUUUUCAGUUCUUCUUUCCUACGACCCAGCAUGCAUCAAUCACCAAUUCGACAAACGUGGUACGCGCAUCGCAUUAGCGUGUAUGACUAAACAGCCGCUUGAUUUUUGGGAGUUUUUGUUGAUCGCAGGCGCAGAUCCAGCUCAGAACCCAGAUUGCGCCCUUCCUCCGAUGAUAAGCGUAGCAGGAUUCUAUAGCGACACUAGAGUUCCAGAGCUUUUGUUGAUGAAUGGCGCACACGUGGAGGACAUUGAUCAAGCGAUAGAGGCAGCGCUGAAGUGGGGAAACGGGCCCAUUGUGCACUUUUUCAUAGAACGCGCAGAGGAAUAUAAUGCGAGAAACUAG